AUGAAGGCGAUACAAGUUUUCGCAUUAACGUGCUUGGCAGGCAUCGUCAGUGCAGGUGUUUACACCGAUCGUUUCAACAUACAAUACAACAAAAUCAAAAACAGGAACAAUGGUUACUUUUCGCCUGAAGGUGUACCGUACCAUUCGGUAGAAACCUUGAUCGUCGAAGCUCCCGAUCACGGUCACGAAACCACAUCAGAAGCUUUCAGUUACUGGGUUUGGAUGGAAGCCGUUCACGGUAAAAUCAACGGCGACUGGCAGGCUUUCAACAACGCUUGGGACAUACUGGAACGGUACAUCAUUCCAGUAUCAGCCAGUCAACCCACCAACAAUUUCUACACCCCCAACCAUCCGGCCACCUUCGCCGAGGAAAAGGACCAACCGAACGACUACCCGUCCCUAAUCGACUCCAGCGUGCCAGUGGGCGAGGAUCCCCUUCACCAGGAACUCCAAUCCGCCUACGGCACCAGCGACGUCUACGGCAUGCACUGGCUCCUCGACGUCGACAACGUCUACGGUUUCGGUAACACUCCCGGCCAAUGCGAAGCCGGUCCCGGAGCCACCGGACCUUCCUACAUCAACACCUUCCAAAGGGGUCCCAUGGAGUCCGUGUGGAGAACCAUCCCGCAAUCCACUUGCGAUUCCUUCAAAUACGGAGGUCAAAACGGUUUCUUGGAUCUCUUCACCAAAGACAACAACUACGCCAGACAGUGGAAAUACACGAACGCCCCCGACGCCGACGCUCGCGCCAUCCAAGCCGCCUUCUGGGCCUCGAAAUGGGCGCAAGAAAGCGGCAACCUCGGCACCAUCUCCAACACCCUAUCCAAAGCGGCUAAAAUGGGCGACUACCUCAGAUACUCUCUCUUCGACAAAUACUUCAAGCAAAUCGGCAACUGCGUGAACGCCCACAGUUGUCCCGGAGGUUACGGCAAGAGCAGCGCCCACUACCUGAUGGCCUGGUACUACGCCUGGGGAGGUUCCCUCGACACCAGCGGCGGCUGGGCGUGGAGGAUCGGAGACAGCACCGCUCACUUCGGUUACCAGAACCCUCUGGCCGCUUACGCCCUCGCCAACGAACCCACCUUGAAACCCAAGGGCGCCACCGCCGUCUCCGAUUGGCAAACGUCGCUCGAAAGGCAACUGGAAUUCUACGAGUGGUUGCAAACCCCCGAAGGAGCCUUCGCCGGCGGCGCCACCAACAGCUGGAACGGUCGUUACGAUACCCCGCCAGCGGAUGUGACCGCCAACACUUUCCACGGCAUGUUCUACGAUUGGGAACCCGUCUACCACGAUCCCCCGUCCAACAGAUGGUUCGGUAUGCAGGGUUGGUCCGUCGACAGAUUGGCCCAAUACUACUACGUAUCCGGCGACAGUAAAGCCAAGUCGCUGUUGGACAAAUGGGUAACGUGGGUGCUCGCCAACAUCCACAUCGAACCGGGCAAGAAGUACACGCUGCCCGAGAACCUGCAAUGGUCCGGUACUCCGCCCAACGUGCACGUUGAAGUCACCAAGACCUCCAGCGACGUGGGAACCGGCGCCGCAACCGCCAGAGCUCUGGCUUACUACGCCGCCAAGGCCAACCACCAGCAGGCCAAAGAGGCCGCCAAGGAGAUCUUGGACAUCAUGUGGUGGGCCCACCAGACCGACAAGGGAGUGUCCGUUCCCGAAACCCCCGAUUCGUACCACCAAUUCAAAGAGCCCGUGUAUGUACCGCCCGGCUGGACCGGUAGGUACCCCAACGGCGACGUGAUCGAAAACGGCGCCACUUUCAUCGGCAUCAGGUCUUGGUACAAGAACGAUCCCGCCUGGCCGGCGGUGCAGAAGCAUUUGGACGGCGGUCCGGCUCCCACUUUCACUUACCAUCGUUUCUGGGCGCAAGCUGAUAUCGCUAUCGCUCAAGGUACAUACGGUAUUCUAUUCAAUGAAUAA